AUGGCCCUACGCACCACGGAGCGGGCCGCCGUCCUUACGCGGAUACGGUCGCGCCCGGUUCCUGCCUACCCCCCGCGCGUUACCCGCGGCGGCCGGCCGCUUUCCCACCGAGCCGGCGCGGCAUCGCCUGGCUCUACCGGCUUUUGUUCCACCUCCCUCGGUAUCGGUGUGGCGUGUGGUGCCGUGUCGGGAGCGGAGGGGGAGGGCGGGAGGGGAGGGCGGGCGGAGGGCAGGAUCGCGGCGCUGCCCGCGCCGUCCCGGCCGCGCUGGGCGCUCUGCAUGUUCCCGGCAGCCCCGCGCCCGCAGCCUUAUGCACCGCGCGUCCACGUCACCGCCCGCUUCGGCCAAUCAGCGCCGCCGAUGCUGCCAGCCCCCCCCCUCCAUCUCUCCAACACACCCCCCACCCAUCCCCACCCCACCCCUCCGACAGCGGCCGCCGACCGCCGAGCACCGGACGGGGCGUCCGCGCCCCUUUAUAGAGCCGCCGGGGCGCCGCCGCUCCGCACCCGCCAUGAACGGACCGACGGACGGACCGACAGACACGGGCCCGCAGUGAACCGACAGACUCACCGACGGCGGUCAGACCGACCGACAGACCGCACACGGCUUGCACUUGCACCGACAGACUGGCAGACCGACAAACCGACCUACGGACAGACCGAAACGGCCCACAGUACACUGACAGACCGACGGACAGACUGCACUCGGCCCACAGCGCACCAACAGACCGACGGACAAACAGACAGACAGACAGCACUCGAUCCACAGUAUACCAACAGACAGAUCGGCCGACUGAUGGACAGGUUGCAUCAGGCCGGCACUGCACCGACAGAACAACCGACAAGGGCCCGCUGCCGCGCACCAAUGGACCGACGGACGCACCGUUCCCCAGCUCGGGCCGGUGCAGCGGACACCGACGCCGUAGGGUGAAAAUGGCAGCGCCGAUUCAAGCACGCUCCCAACAGAGCUCCCUAUAACCCAGCUCCCUCGAUCCGCUUCUGUCCCGAGGGACCGGCAUGUCCCGACAUGGGGCACCCUCGCGGGUCAAGGGAAUCCACGGAAUUUGAAGAGAGGGGGCAAAAAAAUCCUGCCGACCCCCUGCCAUGGGAAUGACCAGCACGGAGCUAUCUGGACUGCCGCGGCUCCCUCGGAGGGCACGGCUCUGGGUUGGAGUUAUUUUUGGGGGGAGUUUCGUUGUAUUUUGCAAUUCAACCAGGUCCGUUCCCGGUUCCCAGCCCCCGAGGAGAGAGAGGAACCCCGGGGAAAACCAGGACCAGAAAGUUUCAGAGCCGGUGCCGAAAGAGAGAGAAAUUAAAAGAGUAGAAGGGAAAUAAAAAGAGUAAAACCUAACCAAACAAAAAUUAAAAGGGUAAAAAGAAAUUAAAAUAGUAAUAAAUGAAAUACCUCAAAUUUACUUUAACUCUGAUAGAUAAAAAGGGUGGUGGUGGGUGGGUGGAGGGAAAUCCCUUUCCAAGAGGGUUUGAAUUUGCAUUUUAUUGGUGUCGAUCCCGGCUUUUUUAGUUAAACAUCACCCAGUUUAUCAUCAGGCGUUUUAUUCUACACCGCUGCGCUGGGUAAUGGGAUUUUGGUCUCCUUUACCGGGCACCAGUGCUGUGGCAACACCGCAGUCGCUUCACCCCACACUGGGAACAUCCCCCUCAUCCCCAUCAUCUUCCAAAAAAAGCAAAGAACUUUCUUCCUGCCCUGGCACAGACACUUUUCCUGCCAUUUCUGCGCUAAGAAUUGCGUCUUUGCAAUUUAAUUCGAAUCCCCUCCAUCCCCUUCCUUCUCAACGACCGCAACCGAGAUCAAGAAUGCUACCGGGCUUCUCCGUGCUCUGAUGAGGCGAAGGAAGCAGGCUAAACCCCCUCUUUGAUCUCCCUGCAUCCCGAGAAAACGCCGUCUGGAACGGUGGGGGAUGCUCCGAUCCUCCCCGGGGCUCCCGGAGCGGGAGAGCCGGAGCGGAUCAGAGCAUCCCCUUGCCGUUCCGGGUAGUGCUGGCGGGUACAUCGGCGGAGAGGAUGGGAUGUCCACCUCCCUAAAACUUUUCCUCCUCAGGAAGAGCAUCUCGGCUUGAUCAAAUAUAUAUUUGACUAGCAUACUCAUCAAAUAUCGAAGUUCACAUACAAUUAAGCCUGGAGAAUAUCCCAUGAAAUAAACCGGGUGCUGGACAGGAUCCAUUCAUCCUUAAUUUCUGCACCCUUUUGUUGUUGUUGUUCCCCCUCGCCCCACUCCUCCUUGAUUAUUAUCUCUCCACGUUGCUAAAUGUUGUCACCUCAUGCACUGCUGAUGGGAAAUAGAGUUAAUAAACAAUUACAAAUCCGA